GAAAGAACGGAGUCUGGGAACUCCCAUUGAUCUGAGGGUCCCUGUCUCACCAACAUCACCAGAGUUCUUCUGGAGGUCAUCCACGUCCAGACCAUCCACAUUGUAUGAUAAACAGGAAAUUGAACGUGAGGCCUGGAAACCACUAUGAAUGACAGUGGAUUAGGUGGCCUAGGGGAUGUAGCAUGAAGCCGUGGAGCUCUUUUCACCUCGCCGGCAGGUGAACACUGAGCCAUGUUCACGGUGCUUGCACCCUGGCCAGGGAGAAGGCUGGCGGACAAAGGAAUUCUACAUUGUGGUCUCUUUAUGGUAGUCUACACAACACAGGUCAUGAGCUCCGUGCUGGAUGAGCUGAUCUAUAAACGUGCUGAAUAUCAGGAGAACUGUACCCGAACUCUGAAAGCCACUCUCCCUACUGGAACUGGAAUAUUCUGCAAUGGAUCAUUUGACGUUUUUGCCUGUUGGCCUCAUUCAUCUCCUGGGAUAGUAUCUGUACCUUGUCCUCCCUAUUUACCAUGGAUCAGAGAAGGUGCUUCUGGAAAUGUGUACAAGGAAUGCACAAUGAAUGGGACCUGGAAAACCGAGGAGAACUCCAACAAUGAAUGGAGAAAUCAGUCUGAGUGUGAACACCCUCAUUUUUUCAAGUCCGAGGAAGACGAAGUAUUCCGGCAGUCUGUGUUGAGGGUCCUGUCCAUAGUAGGAUAUUCGCUGUCUUUUUCUUCCCUUUCCUUGGCUGUUCUUAUAAUGAGUCUUCUGAGGAAGCUUCACUGUACGAGGAACUAUAUCCACAUGAACCUCUUUGUAUCAUUCAUAUUUAGAGCAAUGGCAGUAAUCACCAAAGAGAUCGUAUUACAGAUGAUGUAUUCUAACCUACCCAGUGACGAAAUUGGAUGGAACAGCUACACAAACUCUGUGAUUUCUUUGAUCUGCAAGGCCUCAAAAGUGUCCAUGGAAUAUUUUGUGGGGUGUAAUUACUUCUGGCUUUUGGUGGAGGCAGUAUUCCUGCACACUCUUCUGUUUACUGCAGUGCUGGCCAGGACUAGACUUCUGAAGAGAUACAUGAUUAUUGGAUGGGGCACUCCAUUAUUGUUUGUGAUUCCCUGGACAGUAAUCAAAGCUUUGUAUGAAAAUGAAGGCUGUUGGUCGAAUAACAUCAGAUGGAUCUGGUGGAUAAUCAGAGGUCCAAUAACAUUAUCAGUGAUUGUAAUUUUUUGCAUUUUUCUCAAAAUCAUCAAACUCUUGCUAUCAAAGCUAAAGGCUGACCAGGUGAAGUUCACUGACUACAGAUACAGUUUAGCCAGAGCGACACUUGUGUUGAUUCCUCUGCUUGGGGUCCAUGAGAUUGUCUUUACUAUAAUUAUAGACGAAUCGGUCGAGGGAAGCAGUCGCUAUGCUCGAAACUUCGUCCAUCUAACCCUGAGCUCUUUCCAUGGUCUUUUAGUUGCAGUGCUGUACUGCUUUGCUAAUGGAGAGGUCCAGGCUGAGCUGAAGAAGAGGUGGCAGGUGUUUCUUGUUGAAAACCACUUUGAGGUGCACAACUGCUUUGCAGACAUACACCCCAAAUAUUUGUGGAAGUGCUCACAAAAGAACCCCAGACAAGCCACAGAACAGAGUGAAUCCAAUGAGGAAGGAAACCACAUCCCCACUCAGGAACAUGCGUUCCAAGUGGCAGUCCAAUCAGCAGAAGAUGUGACUUGUGGGCGGAGCACAGGCCUGGAAUUUUACACAAGGAAGAGUCUCUCCAGCAGUGAUGGGGAAAUGACAUUAGGGGAGACAAUGGAGGAGAUCAUAGAGGAGAGUGAGUUCUAAGAGUGAGCUGCUUGUGAUUGAUUCAGCCUGGUCUCAUGAACAUUAUGUGACAGUGGCAACAUUUUGCAAACGAAAUUACGUGCCUUAUUAUUACACAUUUUGGUGCAGUUUCCCAGUGAAAUGUCCAGCAGGGGGCACCAAAAGCGAGUGAAAUGGUGCCUAAUCAGAUGAGGUUUUUUAAGGUGGAUUUUAGAUGAAGAUUUUAAUGUGUAAAAUAUGCCACCCUAACCUAAGCCUAACCGAUAGUGUCAAAAAGCAAAAUGAGAAAUGAAAUGCACAUUUUCUGAAGCAACCAUCUUUUCAUCUUGAGUCGCCUCUAUGACACUCUCAUCUCAUGUGUUAGCUUUUCGUGCUUGACUGGGCUCGAACCACGUACUUCCGAGUGAUAAAAUGUAUCGUUUUUCAAAUGAUGCGUUAUAGUAAAAGUGUUUCAAUAUCAUUACAUAGUGUGUGAGUAACAGUGUGAAAAAUAAGUGUUUAUAAAGUCAUAAUCAGCCAUUGCAGUCAUGAUUUGUGUAAAAGUGAAUAAAAUGCACAAUUGUAGUUGUGCCUCUUGUGUUCAAUUCACUAGGAAACUGCGACGAAACAGAAUUUGGCACAUAAAAAUCAGUUUGCAAAAAAUUUUGUAGUUACUGUAAAGUAAUGUUCAUUCUACGAGGCUUGGUUGUAUUGAUUUUUGUAUAAAUUUGUUUUUAAGAUGUAUAUAUCUACACUUGAAUCCCUGUAAAUAGCUUCCAUUAUUUUUUGAUACCUUUUUUUGUAUGAUAUACUGUACUGAUAUAAUUGUUUCCAGAAAGGGAGCUCCACAAUCAAGGCUUUGAAAAUUAUUCUUUUUCUUUUUAAAAUUAAAUAUGAAUUCACUGAAGAUCUAUUUUAAUGAAGGCUGCUACAAGCAAUUUCAUCUGACAAAUAUCACUCAAAUAGGUGUCCCAAGAAACAACACCUGUCUCUGUGACAGCCCUACACUCUUCAAACAGCAAAAAAGAUUCAAGGGAGCAACACUCUUUGUAAAUAAUUUUGCAUGCAUAAGUUCGCUGACCUCAGAUUAGGUAAGGUGUUUGUAGUUCAGUGUUGGGGAGAGAGCACAUGUUUGAAGCAAACUGAUGGAAGUUAGAAUGUGACUUAUAUUGUUUGCAGCACCUUUUAGGGUAUUGUUUGAAAAAACAGCAGUGAUUAGACAUGCUGAAACUAAAAAACAACAAAAUACAGAGACAGACCCUUGAUUUCUUUAUUUUACAAAUCAUACUGCUACAUUUCAUACUGAACAGUCAAGUAGAAUACUAAAAUGAAACAGAAUGCAUGACAGUUACAUACAUUUUUUUAAGAGCAAAUGUGUGUGAAGCAUUAAACGUUGUGGAUUAUUUACAUCGUAUGUGGUUACACACAACACAUGGAUGGUGAUGAUGAUAAUAAUUAAAGUCAGUGUGAUCAUGUUUUUGAUUUGCCAAUGGACUGCUUAUAUCAGUGUAUUUAACUGUAAUUAAGUGUCUAAAUAUACAGCAUAUCUUAAAGCAGAUGAAAAUUAAACGCAUUCCUAAUGAUGUAACAAUUUUUA